AUGGAGCCGGGCUCGGUGGCGGCGGCGCGGGCUCGCGGCGCGCCCGACCCACGCGACGACAUGGCGCGGGCCGCGCGCACGCUGCGCGACCACCUCGUGCGUAAAUUUGAUGAAGCUGCACGAAAAGAAGAUGACGUGGCUGUGGAACGUCUUUUCAAACUGUUCCCGCAGAUCGGUCAGACUGAGGAGGGUGUGGAUUUGUUGGCAAAAUAUCUCGCUGUACAGACGGAGUCAAAGAUCAGGAAGGCGAGCGUGGUGGAGGGAGCGAGUGCGGGGGGCGUGGAGGCGGUGCACGCGGAUGCACUGACGCGUGUGCUGGAGGCGGGCGCGGGGGCGCUGCAGCGCGUGCGCGCGCUGCUGCGGCUCGCCCAGGCGCCGCAACACUUCCCGCGCGCGCUGCGCCUGCUGCAGCCCGUGGUGUGCGCGGGCGCGCGGCGCGUGUGCGGCUCGCUGGCGACGCGGGCGCGGGGCGUGGUGGGUGCGGGGGGGCCGCCGGGCGAGGCGCGCGCCGCCGAGCCGCAACUCAGCGAGCUGGCGCUGGCGCACUCGCGCCUGCAGCUCUACCUCGCCUUCCUGCGCCGCAACACUGCCUCAGAUACAGCUAAUUUGCCAGAAGCCGAAAGGACAUCCUGCAUUGAGGCUGUGGAAAAGAUCAUACAGGAGAGCGACCUUAUUCGAACCGCACAAGAUCUGCUAAGUCAUUACCUGGAGUUGGAAAGGUAUUUCUUGGAAGAGAGUAUUAACAAGGCAAUGAAGCUCUCGGCAGCGCAAACGGGGCCACCAUCCAGUCUGGUGGACGAUGUCUUCUUCAUUUCCAGGAAAGUUAUACGACGCGGCAUCAGCACGGGCAGCGUGGACGGCGCGUGCGCGGUGUUGAACGAGGCGGCGGCGGCGCUGGAGCGCUGCGCGGAAGCGAGCCUGCGCCGGCGCCUGGCCGCGCCGCCGCUCGAGCCGCUGCCGCUGCCCGCGCCGCCGCCCGCUGCACCGCCCGCACCGCCCGACUCGCGGGAGCUCGUCGCGCAGCGCGCGCUCUACCUGGAGUACAUAAACGAAGCUGAUUCCGGCGCGGAGUGGUCGGAGCGAUUGGCGAGCGAGGCGGCGAGUGCGGGCGAAGCGCUGUGUCGCAGCGAGGCGGAGCGCGCCAAGCUGCGCUCGUGCGCCGCGGGACUGGGCUCUGCCGCCGCCGCCUUCCGGCACGCGCGCGCCGUGGCGCUGGCGGCGCUGCGGGCCGCGCUGCAGCCGCGCCUGCACGCCUGGGCCGCGCGCCUCGCCGCGCCCGAUCGCACAGAGGAGAUGGAGGAGGAGGUGAACGCGCUGACGGGCGCGCUGGACGUGCUGGGCGAGGCGGCGCGCGCGCAGCUGCCCGCCGCCGCCGACGAGCUGCUGGCCGCCGCCGUCGCGGACAUCGUGGCGCGCGCUGAACACUGCGUGCUGCGGCAGCACUACGACCGGGAGGGCGGAUUGGCAGUGGAGCGUCGUGCGCGGCGGCUAGCUGCGUGGGCGGGCAGCAACGCGGGCGGAGCGCGCGAGCGGUGCGCGCGCCUUACGCAGCUCGCCGCACUACUGGCGCUCGAGCGCGCCUCGCACGCGCACCACGCGCUGCAGCCCGCUGCGCGCCUCGCGCCCGCCGAUGCACGCCACGUGCUCGCGCGCGCAGAAGAUUUAUCACAAAUAGAAGAAUUAGAAAUCACCUUGUUGAAUAAUAGUUUCCAUGUAAGCUCUGAAGAAGAAGACAUAAAUAUCCAUCCAGUUACUCGUAGACGUCGUUGUAUUAUGGUAAUAGACAGUGAAGAGAGUGAUGCGGAAGAACAUGCAGUUCCAGAUACCUCGGGAAACACUACGCCGUUUACACGUACAUGGGCACUACCAACAGGUAACCAGCGUCGAAUUAUACCUUUCACAGAAAAUCCUGGUUUGCCUACUAAUCUCCGCUUAGCAAUGACUAACAAAUCGCCUGCUGAUUUUUACUCUCUUUUAGUUCCCGAUGAUGUUUUUAUGCAGAUAGUAGAAGACACAAAUCAGUUUACUAUUGAUAGAAUCACCGGGCGCGUGGCUUCAAAAGCAGCGAGAAUCCGUAACUGGUCUCCUUCUAACGUGCAUGAGAUGAAACGCUUUUUUGCAUUGAUUAUUUUUAUGGGAUUGGUAAAACUUCCUAAGCUUUCUGAUUAUUGGUCAAAAGAUGAAAUAACAGGUCACCCGUUUGCAGCAACAAUUAUGUCUCAUAAUCGCUUUAAACUGCUUCUUCAAAUGCUUCAUUUUUCCCAGCUUGACAAUGCUCAGAAGUCUGAUAGGAUACAUCGCGUCAGACACUUACUGGAGGUCAUGAAUACUAAUUUUUCAAGGCAUUAUACUCCUGGCGAAGAUAUAUGUAUUGACGAAAGCGUUGUGCCAUUCCGCGGCAGAAUCAUUUUCCGUCAAUAUAACAAACAGAAACGUCAUAAAUAUGGCAUAAAAGAGUUUAAAUUAUGCACUCUACCGGGGUAUACAUAUAAAAUAAAUAUUUAUGCGGGAAAAGAAAGCGAUCAAGUGAAUAAUAUACGCCGGCAAACGUUGUAA